AUGGGGACACCAGAAGAUUUGCAACGGGUGAUGAUUGCGAAUAUCUUGGAACAAGGCAGAUAUGUUCCUGCACCUAGUAAAGAGCGCUACACAACCCCUGAUCCAUAUCGCUGGUAUAAGGAGGGAGGCGCCUGCGGGAAAAUGGACCAAUGCCAAAAAUCAACAUUUUUCAAACAAAUCCACCAUCCACUUGUCGUUGUAUCUCUUGACGGAUUUUCGAAAACCUAUGAAGACCGGAAAAUCAUCAAGAACCUCGAAUACUUCAAGGAAUGUGGGUCGUCAGCCGAGUACGUAAUUCCAUCAUACCCAACGAAGACCUUCCCAAAUCACUAUACUAUUGCAACUGGGGUGUACCCAGGUGUACACGGUUUGGUCGACAAUCAGGUCUAUGAUCCGGCGAUUCACUCCGAGAUCCUGGACGCUAAAUUUGCAAAAAUCCCUCAAAUUCAUGGAGCCGAUCCGAUCUGGGCACUAUAUAAAAGAACCACGGGUCGAAAAACAGCCUGCAUGAUGUGGGUGGGGUGUGGAGUGGAGCAUGAUCUGAAACCAGACAUUAACGUCCCGUUCAGCUUCAACAAAACUGACGCGGAGAAGUUUGACGAGGUGGUGAACUGGCUAGCAUUGCCAGAGGAUCAACGUCCGGGUCUAAUUAUGGUAUAUCUGGCUGAGCCGGAUGACACCGGUCAUUGGAGCCAUGUGGACAAUCCCUUGCAAAACCGAUCUCUCGUUGAAAUCGAUAAUCUGCUCGGCCAUUUUUUUAAUAAACUUCACGACCGUGGCCUUUUGGAUUGCCUAAAUUUGAUUGUAAUGUCAGAUCAUGGAAUGGCUGACCUCUAUAACCACAUUAAUAUUCGCACGAAGAUACCUGAUCUAAAGGUGAAAAUUAUCAGUGGCCCAUCGGCAAGACUUCAUCUGGAAUCGAGCUCUACAUCCCAAUCCGAUAUUCGUGAGCUCUUCCCAUGCGAUGAUGGGACAAAUUAUUUACUUUUUAACAAAACUACCAUGCCGCCAAGGUACCACUAUGCUCACCAUCCACGAUCUGGUGAUAUUUUAAUAGAGGCACCUAUUGGGACGGAAUUCAGAACUGACAAUAAAACAGAACGGUUUGGCGAUCACGGCUAUGAUUAUCUCGAACCCUCGAUGCGGACUGUUUUUUUCGCUAGAGGGCCAGAGUUUGAGAAGGGAAAAGUGGUCAAACCCUUCCAGAACGUCGAGUAUUUCAACCUGUUUUCUGUAGAAUUGUUGGGUAUUCCACAACAAUUGGUCAGCCCGAACAAUGGGACUCGCGGUAAAUUGGCUGAUGCUGUGCUCAAGAAAUCGGGGGAUCAGGAUUCGUUUUAUGGGAGCAGCUAUCAGAUUCCUGAAUGCCCUAAACGCCCAUUCCAACCGCCAACAGCCACAAAUUGCGGUGAUUGCCCGAAACCAUCACUCCAGUGCCCACAGCCAUCCCGGAAUAUGGCUUCAUCAAAAGUGGCUAGCCCAAAUUUUUGUGCGAAAGAGGCGUGCAAUAUGACGGUUUUGGAACGACGCAAUGGCACGAAGCUGAUUAGCAUCGCCACCAUUGAAAUGGGUUUCGGAUCAAAAGCCAGUGCCGCUUGCCCUUAUGUUAGAGAAGAUCUUGGCGAAACCUGCCCCACCCACGAUGGUUUCUCCAUUUCUCUGGCGAAUUCAAACUAUCUGGCUACUGCCGUCGAGAGAGGACAUGGAUUCAAUGCCACCGAACCACUAUUGGUAAUUUCUGGGGCAGACUGGGGCAAUGGAAGCCAUCCAGCAUAUUUCUACCGUAUUCUCCUCUCUUGUGGCCCUGCUGACAAUUGGAAUAUGGCCACCAGAGAGUGUGUAAAACCGGAGAACUCAAGGGUGCUGAGUUUCCUGUUCCCCAAUAUGGAAGAGGAUUGGAAUUGCAUUGCACCACGGAAGCGACUACUGAAAUAUACAGCCCGCGUAAAAGAUAUAGAAUCCCUCACGGGACUCCGAUUCUUCCAAAAUUCCCUUCCCUACCUUCAAAUGAUCCAACGAACAACAUUUGUCCCAAUGGAACUGUGG